GCUCACAAGGCCCUAAUAGCCUGGGUCUCAAAAAGACAAAAUAGAGUAGUGCAGUUGUUCUGUGCCAGCGAGGGUUUUACUUCACCUUUCGUUUACUGUAAUUUUAACAGCAUCAAAGACCACUGGUGGCUCUCCAUGGCUAGAACGUUGAAGGCUUCUCAAAAACUGGUGCGAGCAAGCAAGCCAUGGAAGAAGGCGGUUCCCCAAGGAACUCGUAGACGUGUUCCUGGCCAUGACGCAGGACAGGAGACGUCAUUCCGCCACGGCCAUCCCAGAAUGUCGGCAUUGCAGCUGAUCCACCGGUAUCAGAAGAAGGCCUCUGGGAUGAUGCUGGACAAGUUGCCUUUCCUGCGUUUCACCAAGAAGUUGGCGCAUGGCUUCGAGUGGAACUUGCGCUUCCAGACUCCGGCGGUUCUGGCCCUGAAGGAAGCUAGCCAAGCUUAUCUGCUGGAGUUAUUUGAGGACUGGCAUUUGUGCGCUCUCCACGCAAAGAGAUUUACGGUCUCAAAAAGUGAUGUUCACUUGGCCAGGUGCCUCCGGCAGGAGAUGACAAUCUGAAGGCAAACCCAUUUCUGUCUGGCAGCGUCUCGUCUUGAAACAGACGAGACGCUGUUUCAUGGAAAGAAAACCUGGGAGUAAAGCCAGAGGCCAGGUUUUCUUUCCAUGAAAUUUAUUGAAAGAUUAUUCAGCAAUUGCGUAAAAGCAAACUGAAAAAUUUGAAAUAAUAUUGCAAAGUCAUAAUCACAUGUAUUAAAAUGUAGAUUUGGGUGGGAGGGCUGAAUGGAAGGAAAAGAAGAGCCAUUCAGAAUAAGUUCAUUGUUUGAAGUAAUGAGAGACAGAGAAUGUGCGGAUGAGCUCAUUUUAGUAUCAAACAGGCCUGGACUAAGAUCAAGAUAUGCCUUAAUGAGCCACCAUCUGUUGAAGGGAAAAGAAGCAAGCUUUUGAGUUGCACAGGCUUCUUAAGACAUGUCAAAGAGUCCAGUGUAAUUCAAAAACUUGCCCUCUCCUACUCUGAUAGAUGAUUCAACAUUGCAUCUUAUUUUGCAAUUCAUUUGGUGCGGUGGGUUCAGAAAAAGCAAAUAACAUUUGGAAAUCUCACUGGGGGUUUAAUGGUUGCUAGGCUGCCACUGUGAAAACUGGGAUUAGGAGUCUGCAGGGCUUGACCCACCGCACCAAAGGCAGAUCACCAGUCAUGUAUCUUGGUCUACCAAGUGCUGGCUUAACCUAUUUAGCUCCCCUGUUUUGGGAGACUCGGGUAGGAAGCUAAAGCAGCUUUGCAGAGCCUCUAAUGGGCUGCAUGCAGUCUGAUAAGUUACAAGGUGUGCAGACCUUCAUUACUGCCUUAUACAAUUGCCUAAGCGUAAAAGAGAACAACCCCAUAUAGAAAAGUCACAUACAGCUUAGGGUGCAUGGUUCUGCUGUUUUGGGGUGGUUUUUUUAUUUUUUAGGUUUACCAGUUUCUGAAUGGGGUAAAUAUUUACCAUCUUGUUAUGGGAUUCAUAACAAGAACUGUGAAUAUUAUAUUAAACGCUUGUAAAAAGUAA